AUGGAAUAUUCCGUGCUCCGACCCAAAUCUGCCAAACAUAAUUAUCGGAAUCGUGCCCCGCAGCCAAAAUCGGCUCGAACAGGAUCUGUCGGAAAUAAAUCGGAAUCACAUGAUCCACCAAACUUAUAUCCGGAAAAGUCAACAGAUCCUGACAGGAAGCGAUUGGAAUCGGCUCGUCCAAAGAGCGCGCAUUCGCGAGCAAAAAGUCGUGGUGGGAUAGUUGUUGAUAUCGUAAAGUCUCAGAACAGUGUCUAUACCGACAUCACUGUGAUUGCAGGUGGUGAAGACACGUCCGAGACACUCAAGCAGUCGCAUACGGGGAAAUCAAAUCUGAAAAGAAGCGAGAAGACAAAAAAAUUAAGUGAAAAUAAUCAUGGCAAAGUGCCAGUAAACAAAAUGGCUACUAAUAACACGAAGGAGAAUCAUUCAACGGGAAAUGUCAAAAUGGUGGCGCAUCAUGUUACACACAAGGCUGAGAGAAUCACGCGCUGCUACUAUCGACCUUUGACCCCAAUCAUCAUAAAUGAGGACGAGUAUUACGCUAAUUUGGAUCCCGUGGACUAUUUCAAUGACCCCACUAUACAGGACCUACCUAUGUUUAAAGAGAAACCAAAGACUACAGAAAAGGCUCAGAUACAUACAAUGCAAUUACCGACAAGCCUGAAUAUUAAAGACACGCCUCAAUAUCAGGGCAAAACAAGGGUAUGGUCGGAAUCAAAUAAAUCAUUAGUGACUCGUAAAAAGUACGUGAACACAAAAAACUCCGUAUACGCGAUGUUUUUUGAUGAUGGAGCAAAUGCAGACACUAAAAGGCAUCGACGACCUUUAACGGAUGACAAAGUAAUCAUGCAGAGCACAAAAACGCUACAAAAUGACAGCGUUGUCGGAAACCCCUUGAGUGUAAAAAAGUCCAGAUUAACAAAAGUAGAUGGUCAUAAACUUCUUGGUAACCGCGCUAAUAACACACGUGGAUCGCCUGGAAACGAGAAGAGUUGGAUUCCCAGGUAUAAUGCGUUCGUAAACAAUACACCUGCAUUAUCUACUUUAGACAAAACCGGAAGUCGUGGUGUUAACUUUGCUCAAGUUCAACCAUCAAAGGAUCCUAAAGCUAAAUAUACAUAUGAAAUUCGGCCUUUCUCUGAAGGAGUAAAUAUUCUUGCAGGGAACGAAAUGCUUCGAUACCGCGCCAAACCGGAAUUAUAUAACUCCAAAUACAAUGUUGACAAAUUAUUAGCAAAACACAAGAAAAAAUGUGGAAAUUUUCCUAACGGAUUUGAUUUGAAGCCACGGCGAAACAACCUGGUUGGUCCAGAAUGCAUGGAAGUGAAACACCCAGGAACAAUACAUGGACAUGUGACGUCACGGCCAAGGAAGUUAAAACCGAUACAGGCAGUUCAUAAAACCUGA